AUGCCUCCUCCACCUCACCAGAAGCCCGAAAAUGUCCUGAAGCGAGCUCACGAGCUCAUCGGCGUCAACCAGGCCCCGGCUGCCCUGACUCUGCUGCACGAGCACAUCACCUCCAAGAGAAGCCGCAAUGUCCCCAUCGCAUCGUUGGAGCCCGUUAUGCUCCUCUUGGUCGAGCUCUCCGUCGAGCAGAAGAAGGGCAAGCUGGCCAAGGAUGCCCUCUACCAGUACAAGAACAUCAGCCAGAACACCAACGUCGCCACAAUCGAGCUUGUUCUUAAGAAGUUCAUUGAGCUUGCGGCCGAGAAGGUCACCGCCGCCCAGCAAAAGGCCGACGAAGUUCAGUCCAGCAUCGAGGCAACCACCUCAACCUCCAACAUCGACGAUCUCGAGGCCAGCGAGACCCCCGAAUCUAUCCUCCUCGCCACCGUCUCCGGCGAGCAGUCCCGCGACCGUACCGACCGCGCCAUCGUCACCCCAUGGCUCAAGUUCCUGUGGGAGGCCUACCGUACUGUCCUCGACAUUCUCCGCAACAAUGCUCGCCUUGAAGUCCUCUAUCAGAGCACCGCCAUGCAGGCCUUCGACUUCUGCUUGAAGUACACCAGAAAGACCGAGUUCCGCAGACUCUGCGAGUUGCUCCGUAACCAUGUCCAGACCGCGGCCAAGUAUUCUGCGCAGAUGCAUGCCAUCAACCUGAGCGACCCCGACACCCUGCAGCGCCACCUGGAGACUCGUUUCCAGCAGCUUAACGUUGCCGUCGAGCUCGAGCUCUGGCAGGAGGCGUUCCGCUCCGUUGAGGACAUCCACACCCUCCUCAACCUCAGCAAGCGCCCCCCCAAGAACAUCAUGAUGGCUAACUACUACGAGAAGCUCACUCGUAUCUUCCUCGUCGGCGAGAACUACCUUUUCCACGCCGCUGCCUGGUCUCGAUACUACACUCUCCUGCGCCAGUCCGCGGCUAUGGUUGCCACUGGCCAGAGCAAGAAGGCUGACAACCCCCCUGCCACUGAGGCCGACCUCCAGAAGGCUGCUUCUUUCGUGCUGCUGUCCGCCUUGGCUAUCCCUGUCAUUAGCACCACCCGUUCCCGCGGUGCCAUGGUUGACUUCGACGAGUCGAGAAAGAACAAGAAUGCUCGCCUCACCCACCUCUUGGGCAUGUCUCAGGCUCCCACCCGUGCUGGUCUUUUCCGUGACGCUCUCGCCAAGCAGCUGCUGAAGCGUGCUCGUCCUGAAAUCCGUGACCUUUACAACAUUCUCGAAGUCGAUUUCCACCCCUUGUCCAUUUGCCAGAAGAUCUCGCCUAUUCUUACCAAGAUCGGCGCUGACGCUGAGAUGGAGAAGUACAUCCUGCCUCUCCAGCAGGUCAUCCUUACCAGAUUGUUCCAGCAGCUGUCGCAAGUGUACGAGACCGUCGAUCUCAGUUUUGUUGAGCGCCUGGCCGAGUUCCCUGAGCCCUUCCAGGUCACUCGCGGCACCAUUGAGAAGUUCAUCAUGAACGGCAACAAGAAGGGUGAUCUUGCUAUCCGUAUGGAUCAUGCUACGGGUGUUCUCAGCUUCGACAACGACGUCUUCUCGUCCGCCAAGGCCGCCCAUGCUGGUUCUUCUGCCGGCUCCGCAGAGGCCGAUGGCAGCUCUGUUCAGCGCUUGCAGAGCACUCCUUCUGAGAUUGUCCGCUCUCAGCUUACCCGCCUCGUCAAGUCUCUCCACACCACUUGCUUUUACAUUGACCCUAGCUACAACCAGUCCCUUGUCAGCGCAAGAGAAGCUGCUCUCGCCCGUGCCCGUGCCGGCGCCGAGAAGGAGCACCAUGAUAUUCUUGCGAGAAAGGAGAUUAUCCAGAAGCGCAAGGAGGAGGCUUCUGAGGCCCAGGCUCGUAAGGACAGAGAGAGCGCCCGCCAGAAGCGCCUUCGUGAGCAGCUGCUCCAAGAAGCCGAAGACAAGCGUCUUGCCGCUGAGCAGAAGGAGCGCGAGGAGAAGCGUAUGAAAGCCGAGCGUGAUCGUGUUCGCAAGGAGGAGCUUAAGAAACAGAUUGCCGACCUCAAGAUCGGUCCCAAGACUAUUGACCUGGACCUGGAGAACCUCGACAACCUUGACUCCAGCGCCAUUCACGCCAUCAAGCUGGAGCAGCUCAAGCGCGAGAAGAACGAUGUCAAUGAGAAGCUUCGCAUUGUCUGGAAGCGCAUCGACCACUUGGAGCGUGCCUUCAGAAAGGAAGAGGCCAAGAAGCUGGGCGAGGACUACCAGAAGCAGAUUGAGAAGGACCGCGCCACUUAUGAGGCUGUCAAGAAGCAGACUCUCAAGGAGGCCGAGGAGAAGCACAAGGAGAGUGUUGAGCUGAAGCAUCGCCUCACCCGUCUGAUGCCCGAGUACGAAUCCUUCCGUGCCAACCUUCACGAGCGUCGCCGCGAUGAGUUCGAGAAGCGUCGCAGGGAUGCCGAGAGGGAGUUGGAGAAGCAGAUCGCCGCCCGCAAGAAGGAGUACCGUGAGCGCAAGCUCCGGGAGAAGCGCGAGCGCGAGGAAAAGGAGAGGGCUCUGCGCGAGGCCGAGGAGCGCGCUGCCCGGGAGAAGGAGGAGCAGGAGAGACGUGCAGAGGCCAAGAGGGCCGAGAUGCAGCGUCUCAAGGAGCAGCGCGAACAGGAACGCCAGGAGGGUCUCGAAAAGGCCGCUCUUCAGGCGAGACGCGAGGAGGAGGCCCUGGCACGUCGCAAGGCCGAGAGAGAGGCUCAGCGGACGGCACCCCCGUCCCGUGUUCCCGAGCGUGGGGCCGAGCCUUCCACCGAGGGUCGUCGCCCGCUCAACCUCCCCGGAGCUGGCAAGUGGCGCGAACGUGAGGCAGCCAAGGGUACCGCCUCUACUGAUUCCGCCCCCCCUGCCCGCGCUCCCCCGGCGGAGCGUGCCGAGCGUACCGAGCGCCCCGAACGUGCUGAGCGCGCAGACGCUGGCGACCGCUCCAGUGGCCCGCCCCGCCUCAACCUUGCUGGCAACAAGCCCAGCUGGCGUGAGCGUGAGUCUGCCAAGACUGCUGCCGGUGGUGGUGACAGCAGCACCGCCCCGCCUCCGUCCCGUACCGCUUCCGGUGGUGCCCCCAUCAACCGUGGUGGAUCGGGACGUGCCGAGAACGGCCGUCCGGGACCUGACCGCACCGGCUCCCCCGCGUCGGCAGCUGAGCCGCUCAAGCCGUCAGGCGCCCCCGGCAAGUGGGUUCCCCGUCAUCUCCGCGACAAGGCCUAA